AUGGCGCAUUUUUCAGCGUGUGACGAAAUAGGUUGUUUACAUUUUCAUUCGUGAUAAAAUUGUGUUUUUUACCCAGAAUGGCUCAGAAAUCAAUAACAUAAUGUCUGCGCUUGUGUGCAGAAUGCUAAAACUAUCAGCUAGAAGAGGUCUUCUUCGAGAUCUCUCGGGCAGUGUUUUUCCUGUAUAUUCGUUGACUUGUAACAUAACCUUGUCUCAUAGCCUGGAGGAAAAAGUGGGCAGCAAAGGAAAGAAGCGUGCCCGGAUUCUAUCAUCUAGCAGUGAAGAUGAGGCGAAACCGGAGAAGGUUGCUGAGGUGACGAAGAAGAAGCAAGUCCCUAAGAAGAAAAAGGCAGAUUCUCCCAAAGACUCCCUGGAAACGACUCCUCAGAAAGAAUCUCCCAAAUCAGUGAAGGAAGAGAUUUCUAGUUCGGAAACUGAUUCCUCCUCGCCCAAGAAAGUCUUCUCGAUGUUCCAAAAGGACUCCAAGGAUUCUAAAGCACCUGAUGGCAAUGAAUAUAAUCCGGGAAAGAAGGCGUAUCAUCCAAUCAACGAUGCAAUUUGGAAGCAGAAUGAAAAGGUACCUUAUUUGGCUCUGGCGAGGACGUUUCAGCUGAUUGAGGAGACAUCAGGUCGCUUGAGAAUGAUUGAUAUUCUGAGCAAUUACUACCGUUCUGUGAUCGUUCUGAGUCCUGAAGAGCUUCUGCCCAGCAUCUUCUUGUGCCUCAAUCAAGUGGCUCCGGCUCAUGAGGGGUUGGAAUUGGGAAUAGCGGAGACAACAUUGAUGAAGGCCAUCGCCCAGAGCACGGGCAGAAGCAUGAGCCAAUUGAAGAGCGAUAUCCAGAGCAUUGGAGACAUUGGCGUCGUGGCAGAGAAAUCUCGGAGUAAUCAGCGCAUGAUGUUUACGCCUGCACCACUGCAUGUCACUGGCGUGUUCCAGAAGCUUCUGGAGAUCGCCAAGAUGUCGGGAAAUCAAGCCAUGGCGAAAAAGGUGGACAAGAUUCAAUCAAUGUUUGUUGCUUGCAAACAUUCAGAGGCCAGAUUCCUCAUUCGUUCCCUCGCUGGGAAGUUACGGAUAGGCUUAGCUGAACAAUCAGUCUUGCAGGCGAUCGCACAGGCUUGCACAGACACUCCACCUAGUCAAGGCUACCCUCCGAAAAUUUUAAGCAACCUCAAGAAGCUGGGAGAGGCCAAAUUCAAGGCGAGGGUUGAUGAGAAUGCCCUCCUUGUGAAGACUGCACAUUGUGAGUGUCCGGAUUAUGGCCAGAUUGUGCCUGUUUUGCUCAAAGACGGACCAUCAGCUCUGCCUGAGAAAUGCAAGAUGCUUCCAGGGACUCCGGUGAAGCCUAUGUUGGCACAUCCGACGAAGGACAUCCAGGAUGUGUUCCAGCGCUUCGACAACAUCGACUUCACGUGUGAGUGGAAAUACGAUGGAGAGAGAGCGCAGAUUCACAUCAAGGAAAAUGGAAGUGUGGCGAUCUUCAGUCGCAAUCAGGAGAACAACACCACGAAGUAUCCGGACAUAAUUGCCAGAAUUGACGCUGUGAAGAAGGAUACGGUGGAGUCUUGCAUCCUGGAUUGCGAAGCGGUGGCUUGGGAUGUGGAGAAGCAGCAAAUCAUGCCGUUUCAGGUGUUGAGCACGAGGAAGCGGAAGGACGCCUCUGAGACUGACAUCAAGAUUCAAGUGUGUGUCUUCAUGUUUGAUCUGCUCUUCUUCAAUGGAAAGCCUCUAGUGCGAGAGCCUUUGUUCGAGCGCCGACGCCUCCUGCGCGAGAACUUCAUCGAAGUCGAAGGCGCGUGGAAGUUCGCGACGAGUCUGGACACGAAUGAUAUAAAUGACCUGCAGAACUUUCUCGAUGAGUCGGUCAAGGGGAACUGCGAAGGUCUGAUGGUGAAGUCUUUGAAACAGGACGCGACGUAUGAAAUUGCCAAGCGAUCGAGGAAUUGGCUGAAGCUGAAGAAAGAUUAUCUGUCAGGAGUUGGAGAUUCCCUGGAUCUGGUCGUAAUUGGCGGAUACAGAGGAAAGGGCAGGAGAACGGGGACAUUUGGAGGCUUUCUUCUCGCGUGCUUCGAUCCCGAAAGAGAGGAAUAUCAGAGCAUUUGCAAAAUUGGCACAGGAUUCAGCGAUGAGGCUCUCCAGGAGCACACUGAGUUUCUUAACCAGCACAAAAUUCCCUCGCCGAGAUCAUACUAUCGCUUCGACUCAUCCCACCAGCCCGACGACUGGUUUGACGCCGUUCAAGUGUGGGAGGUGAAGUGCGCCGACCUGUCGCUGAGUCCUGUCCACAAGGCCGCUCUGGGCUUGGUAGAUCCCAGCAAGGGUAUCUCGCUGAGAUUCCCGCGGUACAUUCGCAUCCGGGACGACAAGAAAGUGGAAGAUGCCACCAGUGCGCAACAGGUGGUCGAGAUGUACUCCAAUCAGGAUCAGAUCAAGAACCAAAAGAACAAUUCUAAUGCCGCUGAGGAUGAUUUCUACUGAACGCAUCACCUAAUACGAAAAUUGUAUUUGAAUAUUUCCAAUAUAAAAAUUUUAAUUAUUUGAAUGGA